AUGGUGUUGAAGCCCCGGGUGAUUGCCGUUUGUCUCGUCGUGGUGGCCCCACUCGUUCUCGUGGGUGUGACGCCGGUGAAUUCCAGCUCCAGCUCCUGCCAACCCUGCUUUGCUGGUUCAGAGACCCUCUUCCAAACAAAGCGACUGGUUAUGUCGAUGAGGAGGCCUGCCCGGAAACUCUACAAGUCCUAUUUGACCCAUAUGGGGUUGAUGCAAGAUGCGGACCAGCUUUGCAGCAUGACGCCAGUUCCCUGGUUCCCACAUAGCAAUAUCGCUAGGAAACCGCAGAAUCUUAUGCUGCAGGAGUUGUACAGGACAGCACUCUGUUUGAAAGACUCCCUCUUGCUCAUCAGAGAGCAGCAAAGCAGACUGACUGGUCCCCAUGAGGCGUUGCACAGCCAAUUGGAAAAAGCCCAGCAGCAAGUGAGCGGCCUGGUCACCAAUACUCAGUGCACCCUCUGCCUGCAGGGCCUGACUCUGCCCGCCGUCACCCUCCCAGCGAGACCCACGGACCCAUCGGCCUUCCAGCAAAAGAUUGACGGCUGCCGGGUGCUCCGGAACUACUCCAAGCUGAUUGGCGGCUUGGCAAAGGCCUUCAGAAAGCACCUAGCUAAAGGGAAAGGGGCAGAGCGUCAGAAAACGAGAAACAGGACUAAGCCGGCUGCAGCUUUCUGA